AUGCUCCUGCGCAAGGGGUUCUGUGCUCUUCUGGCCCUUGGCUUCGGUGCCGCCGCCGCUUCUCAAGAUCUAGACGGAAUCUACGCGUUAGCGAAACGGCGAGCGCCGGCGCAUGCGCAUGAAUUCACGUUCGCGCUCUUUGAAGGCGAAGCGGACGCGUUCGAGAUUAGCGACGCGCACAGCGGGAUCCAUAUCCAAUGUACCACCGUGUCUGCAUGUGCCCGCGGCUUCUACACGUAUCUCACCCAGUACGGUGGUGUUGAUAUAUGGUGGACCGGAUCUCGACUCAACCAGCUUCCGUCGCGGCUGCCGAAGGUGGGCAAAACGGUCAAAGGUCAAGCAAUCGUGUCAUACAGGUACCACUUCAACACGGUCACGUUCGACUACACCGCCGCGUUUUGGGACUUUGAACAGUGGGAGCUCGAGCUUGACUGGCUCGCUCUCCGCGGCGUCAACCUCCCGCUUGCCUGGGUUGGCUACGAGUAUAUUCUCAUCGAAACGUUCCGGGAGGCCGGACUCAGCGACGCAGACAUCUCCGACUUCCUCUCUGGUCCUGCCUUCCAGGCGUGGAACCGCUUCGGAAACAUCCAGGGCAGCUGGGGCGGUGAGCUGCCAACGGCAUGGGUGGACGACCAGUUCGCCCUCCAGAAGCGCCUCCUUCCGCGCAUGGUCGAGCUCGGCAUGACUCCCGUCAUGCCCUCCUUCACCGGAUUCGUGCCCCGCGCCCUCGCCGCACUCCACCCGAACGCGUCCAUCGUCACCGGCAGCCAGUGGUCCGGGUUCCCCACAUCGCUCACGAACGACUCCUUCCUCGAGCCGUUCGACCCGCUCUUCGCGACGCUCCAGCAGUCGUUCAUCGCCAAGCAGCAGGCCGCGUACGGCGCGGACAUAUCACACGUGUACACACUCGACCAGUACAACGAGAACGACCCGUUCAGCGGCGACCUCGACUACCUGCGCAACGUCUCCGCAGGCACGUUCGCGAGCCUGCGCGCGGCGGACCCGGCCGCGGUCUGGCUCAUGCAGGGCUGGCUGUUCUUCUCUGACGCAGUGUUCUGGACGGAUGACCGCGUCGCGGCGUAUCUGGGAGGCGUGCCCGGGAACGAUAGUAUGAUCGUGCUUGACCUAUACUCGGAGGCGCAGCCGCAGUGGAACCGCACCGCGUCGUACUCUGGCAAGCAGUGGGUGUGGUGCGAGCUGCACGACUACGGCGGGAACAUCGGCAUGGAGGGAAACCUGGACGUGCUCACGCACGCGCCGCUCACUGCGCUAAGCAGCCCGGGGAGCAGCAUGAAGGGCGUCGGGCUCACGAUGGAAGGCCAGGAGGGCAACGAGAUCGUCUACGGCGUGCUCCUCGAUCAGGCCUGGUCGGCGACAUCGCUGAACACCAGCAGCUACGUCUCAAGCUGGGUCUCGCGCCGCUACCCUGUGAAGCCGCUCCCGAAGGCAGCGCAGGACGCGUGGCGGAUUCUGUCCACCACUGUGUACAACAACCAGGACCCGAACACGCAGGCGACCAUCAAAGGCAUCUACGAGCUCGCGCCCGCCUUGACCGGAAUGACGAACCGCAUCGGACAUCACCCCACCUCGAUUCCAUACGACACAGACGCAACCAUGCUCUCCGCGCUGAAGCUGCUCCUCGAGGCGCGGGCACAACACCCCACACUGAGCGCCGUGCCCGAGUUCGUGUACGACGUCGUCGACGUCGCGCGCCAGCUGCUCUCGAACCGCUUCAUCGGGCUCUACGACACUCUGAUACAAACAUACAACUCCACGUCCUCCACCGCGCAGUCCGUCUCCGCCGCGGGCCAGCCGCUCCUCGCGCUGCUCACCGACCUCGACGCGCUGCUGUCCACGAACGAACACUUCCUGCUGAGCAGCUGGAUCGCGGACGCGCGCAAGUGGGCGGACGGGUCCGCGUCGUACGGCGCGUACCUCGAGUACAACGCGCGCAACCAGGUCACGUUGUGGGGCCCGGACGGGGAGAUCAACGACUACGCGUCGAAGGCGUGGGCGGGGCUCGUCGGGACGUACUACAAGCCGCGGUGGGCGGCGUUCGUGGACUAUCUGGCAGAGACGAAGGGAACGGGGCAGGCGUAUAAUGCAACAGCGGUGAAGAGCACUAUGCUCGCCAUUGGGCAGGAGUGGGGGAACCGGACGUGGGGGACGGGCCCCGGGGAGCGGUGGGGUGUGCAUGGCAACACGUGGGAGGCGGUGGGCAACAUUCUUCGUACAUGGGCGUAG